CAGAGAGUCCACACAGGAGAGAAGCCAUGCAAAUGCCAGCAUUGUGAGAAAUGUUUUUAUUCAAAGUCAUACCUAGUGAGACAUCAGAGAGUCCACACAGGAGAGAAUCCACACAAAUGCCAGCAUUGUGGGAAAUGUUUUUAUUCGAAGUCAUACCUAGUCACACAUCAGAGAAUCCACACAGGAGAGAAGCCAUACAAAUGCCAGCAUUGUGGGAAAUGUUUUUAUUCAAAAUCAUAUCUAGUGAUACAUCAGAGAAUCCACACAGGAGAGAAGCCAUGCAAAUGCCAGCAUUGUGGGAAAUGUUUUUAUUCAAAAUCAUACCUAGUGAGACAUCAGAGAAUCCAAACAGGAGAGAAUUCAUACAAAUGCCAGCAUUGUGGAAAAGGUUUUUCUUCUAAGUCAGCCCUAGUGAUACAUCAGCGAAUCCACACAGGACAGAAGCCAUACAAAUGCCAGCAUUGUGGGAAAUGUUGUUCUCAGAAGUCAAACCUAGUGGCACAUCAGAAAAUCCACACAGGAGAGAAGCCAUACAAAUGCCAGCAUUGUGGGAAAGGUUUUUAUUCAAAGUCAGCCCUAGUGAGACAUCAGAGAGGAGUCCACACUGGAGAAAAGCCAUACAAAUGCCAGCAUUGUGAGAAAUGUUUUUCUCAUAAGUCAAGUGUAGUGACACAUCAGAGAGUCCACACAGGAGAGAAUCCAUACAGUUGCCAGCAUUGUGAGAAAGGUUUUGCUUUCAAGUCAGCCCUAGUGAUACAUCAGAGAGUCCACACAGGAGAGAAGCCAUACAAAUGCCAGCAUUGUGAGAAAUAUUUUGCUUUCAAGUCAGCCCUAGUGAGACAUCAGAGAGUCCACACAGGAGAGAAGCUAUACAAAUGCCAGCAUUGUGAGAAAUGUUUUUCUCAGAAGUUAAACCUAAUGAGACAUCAGAGAGUCCACACAGAAGUGAAGCCAUACAAAUGCCACCAUUGUGAGAAAUGUUUUUAUUUCAAGUCAUACCUAGUGAGACAUCAGAGAAUCCACACAGGAGAGAAGCCAUACAGUUGCCAGCAUUGUGAGAAAUGUUUUGCUUUCAAGUCAGCCCUAGUGAUACAUCAGAGAGUCCACACAGGAGAGAACCCACACAAAUGCCAGCAUUGUGAGAAAUGUUUUUAUUUCAAGUCAUACCUAGUGAGACAUCAGAGAGUCCACACAGGAGAGAAGCCAUACAAAUGCCAGCAUUGUGAGAAAUGUUUUUCUCAGAAGUUAAACCUAGUGAGACAUCAGAAAGUCCACAUAGGAAUGAAGCCACACAAAUCUCAGCAGUGAACUCACAUUAUUUUUGUUAAGAAGAAAUACAAAAAAAUAUAUAUUUAAUCCAGAGGUGAUAAGAAAUGGCCUUUUUGAUUUUGUUUGUAAGGUUUGAUUUUCCCUAUGGCUGUUUGUGUUUUAAAGUUAUAUUUUGUUAAGUUUAGGUUUCUAUUGCUAUUAGUAUAGACCAUUGCUUUGGGUUAUAAAUUUGGCAGGGGAUUAUGGGUCGGGGAAUAGGUUAGCUAGAUGGGGGGCUGGAUUUGUUGCAGCUGGAUAGAAUAGUUAUGGGAAUGAUAGCCUUUGGAAUGUGUGGGAUGUUGGCUGAAGAAAGUUGGGGGCUGGUAGUAACAGGAAGGAGGCUAGUUUCUGGGAAUGGCAAAGGAGGCCUAGUUAACUGUGGGGCAUAGACUGUGGGAAUUGGAGUUGGGGGCUAGGUUUGGUUGAGGGUGGACUUUUAGGUUUUUGGGUUUUAAUAUAUUCUUUGGCUUU